AUGUUGUUGCCGCUAAUUUUUGCAAGCAUUUUUGUUGGGACUUAUGGAUUAAAAUACACAGCGUAUGAUUUAGAAAAGUUCAAAAAGGAGUUAUUAGCAAAAAAUGAUACAGCAAAUUUUAAUUUUGACGAUUACAAAGGAUAUUGUGAACCAUACGAAGCAAAAAUGCCUGAUUUUGCAGCAUCGGGACGAAGAAUUAGUGAAACAAAAUGCCAGGAAUAUGUUUGGGAGUUGAGAAAACGACAUAAUGAAACUGAGCGGGAUAAAUUUUGUGAAUUUUAUAUUAUAAGUCAAGUUAAAAACGGCAAAAUUCCUGACUAUAUAUUUUUAAGUAAUUCGUCGGUAAAUAAUGCCGGCAAGAAAAAUGCGGAAUCGGCAUUCGAGUUUCCACAUAUGGGCGCAAUAGGAUGGAGAGCGAAAAAUCAGACAGAACAAUGGAGAAAGUGGAUUUUUAAAUGUUCAGGGGCACUCAUUAGUAAGAGUUUCUUACUAACAGCUGCACAUUGUUCUAAACUAUCAACGAGAAGGGUAUUCGAUAUUGCCCAAACGGAACCCGAAGUUGUAAGACUCGGGCUUGCAGAUAUUGAAGACAGUGAGUUUUUAUUGUUCGACCAUGUUAUGGAUAUAAACAUCAAAAAGUUUAUAGUCCACCCAAACUACAAACCGCCUAAAAAAUAUUACGACAUCGCUCUAAUACAGUUAGACUCUGAAGUAAAGUUUACGAGCUAUAUACAGCCAGCAUGUCUCUGGCCCUAUCAUGAUUUCCAUCUGCUUGGCAAAAAUGGGAUCAUUACUGGUUGGGGGUACACUGAAGGAGGUGUUCAAUCCAAGCAACUCCAAGUUGCGACGGUGGACUUCAUUGAUACUCCGCAAUGUGACAUGAUUCUUGAUCCAUAUCGCAAUAGAAAUUGGAAUGGCCUACAAUCACAUCAGUUAUGCGCCGGCCUAUUAGACGGUGGUGUUGACACUUGCCAGGGUGAUACAGGAGGUCCAUUGCAAGUAAAAAUUCCUUUGGAUACACAGGAAUCUAUGUACUGGGUACUAGGUAUUACGUCGUUUGGAGUCGGAUGUGGAGGAACAAAUCAACCCGGUAUCUAUUCUAGAGUAUCCAACUUCACAGAUUGGAUUGAAGAACACGUUUGGAAAUCAUCUUCA